UGUGCUGGGAGGGAGCGGAGCGGAGUGGAGCUCGUGCACGGCUUUUAAAGCGUACUGAUUUGGACUCGAGCUGUGUUCGUUUAACCGCCACUACGAGCAAAAACGGAUUUAAAACUAUAAUUUAUUUUAGUUCAGUUUGGGAAAAGGACUCCUGGAAUAAUGUGGUUUGCUGACACGACAGUGGAAUAGAUGUGUUUGGGUUGUUUUUGUCGGCUUUUUAUUUAGUCGCUGGAGACCUCAGCGUUUCAACUCGGGAAGUCUCUGCGCUGACAUUCCCUCUCUCCCUCUCUCUCUCUCUCUCUCUCCAGCGCUUCCUCCGCAUGAGGAGGACAUGGCAACCGCACUCAGUGGCCGGAGUGUGGGCGCGCGCGCCCCCAACCCCAGGAAAGGGCGCAUUUUGGGAAUAAUCGACGCCAUUCAUGACGCAGUCGGACCCCCGAAACAGGCCGCCGCGGACCGGCGAGCAGUGGAGAAGACAUGGAAACUCAUGGACAAAGUGGUGAGGCUGUGUCAGAACCCUAGGCUUCAGCUGAAAAACAGCCCUCCUUACAUCCUGGACAUUCUGCCGGACACGUACCAGCACCUAAGGAUGAUCCUGUGCAAAUACGAGGAGAACCAAAAGCUUGCGCAGCUCAGUGAGAACGAAUACUUUAAAGUCUACAUUGACAGCCUGAUGAAGAAAUCCAAAAGGGCAAUCCGUCUUUUUAAAGAGGGCAAAGAAAGGAUGUACGAGGAGCAGUCCCAGGACAGACGAAACCUCACCAAGCUGUCACUCAUCUUCAGCCACAUGCUGGCCGAGAUUAAAGCCAUCUUUCCUGAAGGCCAGUUUCAGGGAGACACCUUUCGUAUCACCAAGGCAGACGCGGCCGAGUUCUGGAGAAGGUUUUUCAGUGAAAAGACAAUAGUGCCAUGGAAAGUGUUUCGUCAGUGCCUUCAUGAGAUGCAUCCUAUCAGCUCAGGCCUAGAGGCCAUGGCCCUCAAGUCCACAAUCGACCUCACCUGCAACGACUACAUCUCUGUCUUUGAGUUUGACAUUUUUACACGCCUGUUCCAGCCCUGGGGAUCGAUUUUAAGGAACUGGAACUUCUUGGCCGUGACUCAUCCUGGUUACAUGGCCUUUUUGACGUAUGAUGAGGUGAAGGCGCGACUGCAGAAGUACAUCAACAAGCCGGGCAGUUAUAUCUUUCGCCUGAGCUGCACGCGCCUGGGCCAGUGGGCCAUCGGCUAUGUCACUGGUGAUGGGAACAUUCUACAGACCAUCCCCCACAACAAACCGCUCUUCCAAGCACUUAUCGAUGGCUGCCGGGAAGGAUUUUAUCUGUUUCCUGAUGGUCGAAGUUAUAACCCAGACCUGACCGGCCUGUGCGAACCGACCCCACAUGACCACAUUAAAGUCACACAGGAGCAGUACGAGCUGUAUUGUGAGAUGGGCUCCACCUUUCAGCUGUGCAAAAUUUGUGCAGAGAAUGAUAAAGACGUGAAGAUCGAGCCCUGCGGACACCUGAUGUGCACGUCCUGUCUCACGGCAUGGCAGGAGUCAGAUGGUCAAGGCUGUCCCUUCUGUCGCUGCGAGAUCAAGGGCACAGAGCCAAUUAUCGUGGACCCGUUUGACCCCAGGAACGAAGGCGCCAAGUGCUUCUUUCUGGAGCAGUUUAACUCGCCCAUGUUGGAUCUAGAUGACGACGAUGACCGAGAUGAUUCUUUAGUGAUGAACGGCCUGACCAACAUCAGAAAGUGUACAGAGCUCCAGAACUCCCCUAUUAUGUCUCCAAGUUCCUCUCCUGUAAGCCAGCGCAGGAAACCUGUAGCAGAUCAUGCAGGUGUUCAGCAUUUGGGCCUGCCUCCAGUACCACCCCGUCUUGACCUUAUCCAGAAGGGCGUGAUCCGCUCACCUGCCGCCAGCCCCACCGGUUCACCAAAGGGCUCACCUGGUGCUUCAAGGAAACAGGACAAGCCCCUACCAGCACCUCCACCCCCUCAGAGAGACCCUCCUCCUCCACCACCUCCUGAACGUCCUCCUCCAAUUCCCCCUGAGAGCAGAGCCGCCUGGCUGGCAGUGCCCACGUCCUCCUCAGGACUUCCUCGGGAUUUGUCACUGCCCUCAGACGCCUGGAGCCCAAAAGAUACCAGUCACCUGGUAGAGAGCAGAGCAGGAGCGGAGCGCUCACCCAAACUUGCUCAUGUUGCUCCUGCUCACAUCAAUGGAAGACCCCUGAGCUGCAGCGCCAUCGGAUAUAGACCAGAUACACACUCAGACUGUAGUAAGCUCACUAACGGCCUGCUAAGCUCUGAGAGGUAUGAUGUUCCCCCUCAACGUCACUCCCCUCCUCCACCCUCCUUAACCAGCACCAACAACCAGAGGUUUUCGAACCCAUUCAGCAGCAUGUGCUUGGAGAGAUCUCGGAUAACAGACAGGGUAGAAGAUGAGUAUCAGAUCCCGUCCUCUCACCCUGUGUGCAUCACGCAGCCUCCUGUGUGCAUCUCUGCCCCCAUACCUAACAGGUCUUCGGAGAACUUGUCUGAUCUGAGCUUAGAAGGGAAGAAGCUGAAAGCUCCAGAGCAUGGUGAGUUUGACGUGGGUGUUUCGGGCGUAGUUCCUGCCACACAGUGUCCCCUCCACAACAACCGCACUCCAGCAGACUACGACAUUCUUCUGCCCCCACAAGCUCUGCCAGCAGAAGAUCCAUUUAACACAGCUCCUCCGUCUCAGCCUCCGCCUCCACCCCCUGUUAGACACAGCUUCCCAGACGCCUCCUCCUCCUCAUCAUCAUCAUCAUCUCCAUCCUGCCCCAGAGCUGCUCGGCCAACAUCCGGACACUUUCUUCUCAAUUCGGAUGCUUUCCUGGAUGCUCCCCUACCGCCUGUUCGGAGGCAGACGGGAGACAGCAUAUUCCGAAACUCACAAGAGUACGACCAGCUGCCUCCUACAUCAAUAGCCGGAGAUUGUUCCCGUGCACCCGCAAGACCACCGAAGCCUUUUCCUCGCAAGACCCCUCCAGAGAUCCUGCAUCGGAGACCGCCCGAGUACUCGCAGGAGAACGUGGACGCCAAAAUCGCCAAGCUCAUGGGUGAAGGCUACUCGUUCGACGACGUCAAGAGGGCGCUGUUGAUCGCACAGAAUAAAGUGGAUGUGGCACGCAACAUUUUGCGUGAAUUCGCCCUGGUGGCGCCAAGACUAAACUUGUAGCCAAAUGCCCUCCGUUCUCCGUCUGACUCAACGUGGGCACCAGACGGGCAGCCUGCAGGGUGACUCCUUUACUGACCUGGCUCAGAUUCCAGGCAUCCGUCUGUGACUUGGACAGAGUGAUAGAGAGACACGCACGUGAUGCCCAGCCAGGAUCGGGGAGGAAAGUAAAGGGGUCAAAAUGUGGAACCUGUGAAAAAGCCUUGUGUUUACAGUGCUGUGCUGCGUGGUGGCUUAAUACUGCUGCUGCUCCCUGCUCAGUGCCACUCUGUCUCUCUCCAUUCAGUAGAGGAGCUGCAAAUCUGUUCACAACAGCUCAUAUUUUGUUGCAGACUGCUGCGUAUCCAAGGACUGGAAUCGACUGAAUUAAAAUUAAUAUUGAAUUGAACUCUGUCCUGACUGUUGAUGUUGCCAGUUUGUUGCAGGCUGCUGUUGCCUAUCCUGCCAGCUGUGCUGUUGCUGCUGCAAGCCUUAGUCUAACACACACACACACACACACACACACACACACACACACACACACACACAAAAAAAAAAAAAAAAAACACCCCUUUGUGGUUUUACAGUUCUAUCUAAAUUGUCUUUUGUUUUUUUAUGGUGGUCAAUGGAGGGGAGUGUGUGUGUGUGUGUGCUUUACUUUUACUGUUCCUCCCUCUGAGUGAAAAACUGUGAGAAAGACAAGCUCUACUAGUGAGAACAGUAGAGUGCAUCCUUUUACAGUGACACAUUAUCUUCCAUUUUGCAAUUUAAUGAAGUCCAUUUUAUGCCCUGAAAACAAUUUAUUAUUAUUAUUUUUAUAUAUAUGCUCAACUCUGAUCGAUUCCUGCAUAAGGCUACUUGUACACUGCAUGGCUGAUAAUGAUUGAUGACGGUUGUAAAGAUUCAGCAUAUUUGCUUAACAUGCAAUAUCGAUUGGCUCUCAGCUUUGAUGGAGGAACUGCCUCCAAGUAUCGAUUUUCCCUCAUAUGAUAUUUCUUUGUCAAAAAUUAACAUUGACAAUUAACAUUGGAAACUCCUGUGGCAAGAGCAGUCCCUGACACAGGUGCCCCAAACUACUUGAACUUUUUUUCCCCUUUUAAUUUGACUUAGUAGCACAUCUCUACCUGUGUUACUUCUCUCUCAAACAAAUAAGAAAAAAAAUGUUCUCACAGGCCACCAUUGCAGGAUCAAGCAUAAAACACUGAGGUGAAUCAUUGAGCUGCUAAAAAUGAACCCGAUUGUAACAGAUUGCCAAAACAUUGCCCCUCCCAUUGCAGAGCUACAUUUCCUAAAAUAAAGCACGAUUAGUUAUGCCUUACAGGUGCCCUAGUUAUUGGAGGUACCUACAGGGUCAAACUGCAGCAAAUCUUUAUCAAGGCUUGAAUUUCACUGUAACAUACUGUACAUCAGAACAUUCAAGCUUUCUCUUUCGCUUUAAUCAAUGUGCCACAUUUUUAUUUUUCUCUUUAGCUGCCAAAUGAAAGGCCUCUGAAUGUAUUUGUUUCUGUUGCGCUUCAUUCCCAGAGGAAGGCAUUCAAAUAUAUGAGAGGAGUCUUAUAGCUGUGCAUUCUGUAUGUAAAGCCCUGAGGUCAUAAGCAGAACUGAUCAGCUAUCUGCAGCCACAUCUCGGAGCUGCUCGCCUUCCUUAAAAAUAAACAUUAUCAGUAAAACAGUGUUUUCUUCAUGGUCGAACAGUUACAUUAUGAAAGCUAUCGGGUCACAGCCGGCGGCUGUAGUUGUCUGGCACUGAGAGAAAUAAUUUCCUCUGGUUUUGACUAUCCAGACAUUGGAUAACAUUCUGAUGUUAUCACUUCAAAAGAACCAAGUGUAUUGUUUUCUUGUAAAGCUUGCAGUAGUCAGAGCUGGAGAGAUGAGUGAGCAGCAACUAAUGUAACACUCCCUCCAUCUAACCAUUCAAACUGUUGAUUGAGAUCUUUAAAUUGUUAAACCAGGCAUGAGCAGUUAUUUUUGGUUGCUUAUCAGAUCAGAUUUACAUAUUCUACUUAAAGCUUUGUUUUUGCACUGGUCUCUCACCCCCCGCAGCUCAACAGAUCGCUCCCCUCUUUCCGACCCACACAAACAAAGUGGCCUUUGAUAGGACUGUAGAGGGUGGGACAGUUUGUUUUCUUUGCUUUGAAAUAAUGAGUUUUUUUAUGAUUUCUUUCUCAGUGAAUAAUCCUUUGUGGAUCAUGUAAUGUGUGCAAUUUAUUUAUACUUUGUUAAAAAAAAAUCCUGAGAUUAUGUUCAUUGUUCAGUAAUGAUGUUAACUUGCAAUAUGUUCUUGUGAAAAUGUUUUAUAAAAGCCAGUAUUAACAUUAAUGUGGGGUGUUUUGAUGUCUAGUGUCAUGCAGAGGUGAGAGAGGAAGUUUAGAAAAGAGCGCUCAUUAAAUUUUGAUUAAAGCACAAUAAAUCCUUUAAAGUUCACAUUUUAAAUAGAAAUGGAGUUCUUAGCUACAAAAUAUGUCUAAAUAAUAUCUACUGUACUAGUGAGUAUUAGCAAAAGGACAAAAUGGACUAAACAGAUUCAUUUAAAGCAUGGGUUUUAAACUCAUUUUAGUCAAUGUCCCCAUGAUCAAUGAAACUAAAAGCCAUUUGUUAGACCAAUAAUACAUUAAGACUCAAUUUAAUUUAAUUACAUUUUAUUAGUAUAGCGCUUUUAACAGUAGUCAUGGUCGCAAAGCAGGUUUACAGAAUCAAAAGAAAAUAAUGAAAAAGUAUGAAAUGUGUGAGAAAAUAUGUAUUAAUUAAAAUGAUCAGAUAAGACACCUUUUUUAAAAAAAAAUAAAUAAAUCCCCUAAAUGUUCUAAACUUUUUGGUAGAGCAUGUUUUGAGUUACUAUAUUUCAGAUUAAAAAAAGUUUUGAACUUGUGCUGAUUGAGCCAUCUCUACCAUGCGGUUGAGUAAUGCUUACUAAAAAAAAAUUCUACUGUGUUUAAAUACUAUGCCUUGAAUUUCUUUAUAGUACACCAUUAGAAAUAAAGUACAUAGCUCUAAUGCCUCAAAUCAUUUGUGCUGUUGCACUACCAUGCACGAUUUAGCAGUUUCUAGUAUCACCACAUACAACUUUUUUGUUUUUUGGUAAAAUAUAUUGACACUUUUAUCAAACAGCUCAACCAUUUGGAAGAGCGACAUCUCAACUGCUUGCAAGAGUCCUUAAAAUAAACAUUUAUUAUUGU